AUGAAACGCUACCCCAGGGACCACAGUGGACAGCAGUCACCAACCGAUGGGACCACCCUCAGCUUGGCUAGCUCAGGGUCCACGGAGCAGAGUGUGGAAGUGUGCUGGCCAGAGGUCUGUGGGGCCCUCAAUGUGACUGUGUCCCCGGGGCCUGUGGCUGACUACCUGGAGGGGGAAAAUGCCACUCUCCUCUGCCGCGUCUCCCAGAAAAUGUGGAAGAACAGCUUGCUGACCGUGCGCUGGUUUUUUGCACACCCCGACUCCCAGGAGGCCUUGAUUGUUAAGAUGACCAAGCUCAGGGUGGUGCAUUACUAUGGGAAUUUCAGCAGGAAACCCCACAAGCAGAGGCUGCGCUUCCUGGAGAAGAGGCGUGGGGUGCUCUACACACUCUCUGUUUUGACACUCCAGCCCUCGGAUCAAGGACAUUAUGUCUGCAAAGUCCAGGAAAUCAGCAAGCACAAGAAGAAGUGGACGACCUUGUCCGAUGGCUCCUCAGAGACUGAAAUGAGAGUGAUUCCCCUCAAGGCUCCUGAAGACACAUCAUUUGAAAAAAAGAAAGAGACGGGGCCAUUUUUUGCAGACCUGUACGUGUCCGCCGUGCUGCUGUGCUGCCUGGGGAUCCUCAGCGUGCUGCUCUUCACCCUGACGGUCGCCUGGCAGUCCGUGCUCCGGAGGAGGAAGCCCAGAGUGAGACAUUAUUUGGUGAAAUGCCCUCAGAACAGCUCAGGGGAGACUGUCACCAGCGUGACCAGCUUGGCUCCUUUGCAGCCCAAGAAGGGCAAGAGGCGGAAGGAGAAGGCCGACGUUCCUCCCGCCGUCCCUGCCAAAGCUCCUGUGGCCGCUGCGCCCCACAAACCGAAGCUGCUGAAGCCACAAAGGAAGGUCGCCCUGCCACAGAUCGCCGAGGAGAACCUGACCUACGCCGAGCUGGAGCUGAGCAGGCCCCGCCGGGCGGCCGCCGGCGCCCCGAGCAGCACCGUCUACGCGCAGAUCCUGUUCCAGGAGAACGAGCUGUAGCUGCCCGGCCGCUCACUGCCUGAAGCCUUGGCCACAGCGCCCUCGCUUUCCUAUUUCACUUGUGCCUUCCGUGUGGUGGGGACCCCUCUCUUGGGGCGUUCCCGGUGCCUUGAGAGAGGUACGAGGCUCCUCUCCUCCAGAGGGGGGCCGUGGCCCUUGGACAAAUCCUCUGCGACCAGUUUUUUCGGCUUCCGAGCCCUGAGGGGUGAGGACCCCAUUUCUGAGAGCAUCCAAGGAGGUUCGCUGCUGAGCCAAACCCCUUCCCGGUUUCAUCUUUCUCUGGAUUUUAAUUUUUUAUCUUAAUAUUGAUCUUGUAUCCUUCCUGUAUCCGUGAUAUGAAGCACAGUGUAUAGCUAGAGGAAAUGCCUGGUAGGCCCGGCGCGGGGGGACGGUAGAGAAGUACUAACUGGUUUUCAGGGGAUCAGAUAACCUCGCUGGGGCACCCAGGGCAGCACAGGCUGCUUACUGCAAAUUGCCCUCCAGAUGGCAUCUCUUGUCUUAAACCGAUGCUCUGGGCCUGCGAUUUAAGGGCAGAGAGGCACGUUGUGGGGAAGUCCGAGGUCUAACGGACAGUGAACCGCCUCUGAACACCCAGUGCCUGUCCCAUCCAUGAUCGCCCCAAACCACAGGACACGUAGAGCACCGUGCUGAGGGCUCCCACCCUUCGGCAGCGUGGACUCUACUAGCGAGAAACUGACACCCUCCGCAGAAACUGGCGUCCUCCAGGGUCCUGUCAGGCUCUUCCAGAGGAGCAGGGGAGUUUGCCAUCAGAGACGCUGGAGGAAGCGGGCCUCUUGGGUGUGUGCCAAGGUUGCCAACACUGACUGGAUGUCUCAGGUGAGAGCAGAGCCUUGCCUGGCUCCCCCAAGGUAGGAGAGUGAGAAGGAAGGCCGAGCUGGAAAAUCCAGUCCUAAGGGCCCUCCCGUUGCAGAGCACCUCGCCCAACUCAACCGUGCAUGCAAACUCCAGUGGGUUUGGGUGGGGUCAGGUGGAACCUGUGGCACAUACACAUGCGGGGAAGUUGCUCUCUGGACCUGUGUGAUGCCCGGGGUCUCACUGAAGAUGGUCCUUGCUUGGGGAAGGCCACCCUGUCAACAGUGUUGUUAAGGACACUUUCCAUGUGAGUACGCUCUGGGUGGCUACUAUGCACACUACAGACAUUGUUUGAUUUUGUAUGGACCACAUAUAUGUGAUAAAUUAUAUACUUUAAACACAA